AUGUUAUGUGGUACGGCUGAUGCGGUCGCUGUGAUAGAGAUGAACGAGAACAACCUGCAUGGCCCUAAACGGUAUACGUGGAGGGAGCUGAAGACACUGGUUGCAAGGUAUGCAGGUGUGCUCCGGCGACAAGGUGUUGAAAGUGAAGACGUUGUCGUUCUUGUGGGUGGAAACUGUGCUCGCUCGUUGGCAAUUUUGCUUGCAGCCGCCAGUCUGGGUGCUGUUUUUGCAAGCUUUCAGACGGACAUUGGGGAGAAGGCAUUGAUCGAUCGUGUUGGACAGCUUCAACCGAAACUUAUGCUUGCAGAAUGCAUUUACCGCUACAAUGGUAAAGUCAACGAGAUUACACAAAAGGUCACCAAUGCAGCAAAGGUGACGAAGUGCAAGCUUGUCAUAUCCGAGGCUGGAGACCAGAUACCUGAAGGUGCUCAGAAACUUGAUAAUCUUAUUGGAAGAGAGAACGACAACGACUUAAGAUUUGUACAAGUCCCGUGCAACCAUCCCUUCGUGGUUAUGUUUUCUUCUGGCACAACAGGUCUACCAAAAGGUAUCGUACACAGCCAGGGUGGACUCAUGAUCAAUGGUAUGAAGGAGCACUUGCUGCACAACAAUCUUGGGCCUCAGGAUAUAGCACACCACUAUUCCGGCGUCGGCUGGACCUUGUGGAACAUCUCAAUCGGCGCCAUGUUUACAGGAGCUGCGAUGGUCCUUUAUGAUGGCUCACCGUUCUAUCCGAACUGCGACGAGUUUCUACAGGCAAUUUUCGCAUCAGGUGUCACUGCCUAUGGCAGUAGUCCGCGGUACUUCUCUGAGCUGCAGAAACGUGGUGUGAGACCAAGAAAAUAUGCUAGUAAAAUGCACACUGUGCUCUCUACUGGCGCCCUCCUGACUCCUGGUACAGCCAGCUGGAUAGCUGAAGCCUUUGGACCUGUUUGUCAGAUCGGAUUCUCUGGUGGCACCGAGUUAUGUGGCAGUUUCAUGACAGGUACCCAGUCUCUUCCUUGCUAUCCUGGCGAAAUCACUGUGAAAGAGCUUGGUAUGGCCGUCGAUGUAUUUGGACCCAAUGGGCAAUCGUUGCCAGAAGGCGACGCUGGCGAACUGGUCUGUAAGAAGCCAUUUCCGAAUAUGCCUGUGAAGUUUUGGGACGAUCCAGAAGGGAAGAGAUAUCGCAAGAGCUAUUUCGAGGCCUUCCCAGAUACGAAAGGUAUCUACGUGCUGGGUAGAAGUGAUGGAGUUCUCAACCCAUCGGGAAUCCGAUUUGGCACUGCCGAGCUAUAUCAUGUUCUUACAUCCUCUCAAUUCUCGUCCGUUAUCCUCGAUGGUCUGGCAGUUGGUCAACAACGUAACACGACCACAUAUUCAGAUCCCGCGGAACGUGUCAUACUCUUUCUCAAGGUUUCUCCCAAAUACAGCACGGGUUCGACACAUCCCAACGAGUUGCUGGUUCGGGAUCUGAAAGAGAGAAUAUCGCAAGAUCUUAGCAAGCGCCAUGUUCCUCAUUUCUUCUUCGAGGCUGAUGAGAUACCACACAACGCCAAUGGCAAGAAAAUGGAGAUCCAAGUGAAGCAAGUUUGUAACGGUGGAAGGCAGGCACUAAAGAAGAUGACAUUGACUGAAGCAGAGAGGGAAAUGCUUGAGAAGUUCGUGAAAUUCUAUAAUCUCGAAGAUGUGAUGAAGAGGAGUAAGCAGACAUUGAAGCUUUGA